UUAUAUUUUUGCCUGCUGGGGAAUCCCCGAAGGUGGACAUGGAUUCUUCGUCCCUUCCCCUCCCUCCCCUCCCUCCCCUCCCCCUCUGAAACGCCACCCCGCCCCCUUCCCCCUUCUCUCUCUCUCCGUCCGCCUCCUUCCCUUUGAGCCGCCGCCCGUCGCUCGCCGGCUAGGGUUUCUCCGGGAUCGCCGCCGCGAGAGCCAUGCCAACUUUUACUGCAAUAGCUUUGGAUAGGCUAUUGGAACCCAGAACGUCCAGAACGGCCGAUAAAUCUGUUAAUAGCCCCAUGCCUGUUCCUAAGUUGAAGCCUCCUAGGCCUGAGCCAGUGCCUAGUGCGAAGCUGGAGAGGAGGAGAAGUACCUCGGUCAUGGAGAGGAAAGUUCAGCGGCCUCAAAUGACUCCGGCGCUCUAUGCGACUCCAGAGAGUACCCCGGUUCCGGAUUCACCGUCCUCGUUCCCUCCGUCCCCCUACAUCAUCAAUCACAAGAGACGCGGCCCACAUCUUGUGAAGAGCUUGUCCGAGGAUGACGUUUCUGCUAGAAAGAAGAGCAUGGACGAAGCAAACACCAAUUCAACCGUAACUGAAGUGAAAAGUGAGGAGAUUGCUUCUGUGGGGGAUCUCCCUGUAACGUUUACACUAUCUAAUACGGUUGAAGACGAACAUGUGAAUGGUAUUGAUGAUGUGUGUGAGGUUGGGAGCAGUGACAGGUCUGCGAGUAGUGCUCUGGAAGUUGGGACUAGCAAUUUGAAUAAUGGCUUGGUGGGGGAAACUGAUACGCUUGUUCCUGUUCCAAUGACUCCCGAAAGAGAGGUUGAUAGUGAAGAUUUUUAUGAUCCUCAGGAAGCAAUGAGUUGUACUAGUAACACUGAGGGAGAGGACAAUGGCACCGCGGAACGGUCUGUGAAGUUCACCACGCCAAUGGGAGAGUUCUUUGAUGCAUGGGAAGAACUAUCCUCUGAUGGUGGGGCACAAUCUUCACUGCGUGAUCUUGAAGAGGAAUUGCGAGGGAUCAGAUUAAGUUUAUUAAUGGAGAUUGAGAAGCGGAAGCAAGCAGAAGAAACCCUGAGCAAUGUGCAAAGCAAUUGGCAGAAAAUUCGACAACAGCUAUCACUGGCUGGUCUUACCCUUCCUGCAGAUCUAACUUUGGAGUCUGACCAACUGAGUGUGGAGGCUGCAGAACAGCUGAAUCAGCAAGUUCAACUUGCUCGUUUUGUUGCUGAAGCCAUUGGAAGGGGCAUGGCCAAGGCUGAAGCAGAGACAGAAAUGGAAGCUCAGCUUGAGGUUAAGAACUUUGAGAUUUCACGAUUGUGGGAUCGACUGCAUUAUUAUGAGGCUGUAAAUCAUGAGAUGUCUCAGAGGAACCAAGAAGCUGUUGAGACUGCUAGACGACUAAGGCAACAGAGGAAGAGGAGGCAGAGAUGGGUGUGGGGUUCGAUAGCUGUCGCCUUAUCGCUCGGUGCUUCGGCAUUAGCAUGGUCAUACCUCCCAUCCGGCAACGGAUCACGCAGCGAUGAUAAUCAGGCGAGCAAAAGCAGCAACGACACCGAGUGAGGCAGGCAUUCUUCCUGCAGAGUCUACUGAGAUGGGCUCUGUCAUUGGAGGAAAAUGAUAAUAAGAAGGGCCAGUGCUGCCUUGUUGAAAUUAAUCAUGUUCUCCUAGUAAGUGCGCAAGGCAUGCCGCACAAUAUUAGUUCUGACAAAAUAAUAUGCCAAGCUGCGAUGUUGCAGCUAAUCCAGAGGUUGAUAUACCGAGUCUGUAUAUUUGUUGGAAAUGCAUGAUUGUUUUGCUUUAGCUUUUCCUGGCCUCUGGUGCCCGAUUUGCGAGUUCCCGUGGACUUUGGAGGAGCUGAAGACAAGCUUUUUUCUUGAGCCUCCAUGGAUGGCGAUUUUGUAGCAGUAAGACAUCUGAGGCAAAGUUGUUUCGACAAGUUUUACGAACAGAUUGAUGUUUCAUUGUGUAGAACAAAAUAUGAGUAUUGGAAGUGGGAUGUGAUGCGGCGGAACAGUAACACUAA